CACUCCCAUUUCCUCAUUCCUUCUUCCCCGCCUUAUCCCCUUACUCUGCCUUAAUCCCUCGCCGGACCUCUGUUUUUCCCGGCGAAAAUCCACUAUUGCUUGCGAUUUCAUCAAUAUCCAACCCUAUUUCUUCGCUCGCUUUUCAUCCGCACUUCAAUUUUUAGGCAAUUUCGCAUCUUGGUGUGGUUUUUGGGUUUUGGAGAAUAAUUUUGGAGUAUUAAGUAUAAAAUUUGGAUAAUCUAGGUUUUGAAAAUGCGUUGAGGACUCUAGCAUUCGAAUUGUGCUUUCCUUUUUAGUCUGCGCACGGUCUCUGUAAAAGGAAGAGCUGAGUACUGAGGUGAGAAUGGCGUCAUCGGACAAUUUGGCCAGUGUUGAUCCCUGGGUGUUUCGUCACACUUUCGCUGACUCCUGGAUAUCAGAGGCAUUUGCUCGCGACACCGAAACUCUGACCAAGGCUCUUCAGAAAUCUAUUUCAAACCACCCCGACAACGUCGCAUGCGACACGAUCUCUCCCUUUCUGAACGAUCUUCUCAAGCCCGAGACGGCUCAGACCCCCAGCGUUUCCGGCGUUUCGGGAUCGGACCACGAGACUGCGCCGAAGCGCCGGACCUCGAUUCCUGGGGCGGCCGGUGGAAAGAUCACCAAGCGGAAGUCUCGCGCGUCGAAGCGGUCUCAGACGACCUUCAUCACCGCGGACCCUGCCAACUUCCGCCAGAUGGUGCAGCAGGUGACCGGCGUGAGAUUCGGUAACUCACAGCUGCCGGUGAACCCUAUUUUGAAACCGGAACCUAAGAGGCCUGGGAACCGGUUGCUAGGUUGCUUGCCAACUCUGGACACGUCGGAGUUUUUGCUUGAUCAUCAUCACCAGCAGGUGAUGGGCCCCGCCACGGCCACUCAGGGGGCCAUGACUUUUCAGCCCGUGGUGGCUGAUGGCGGUGCCACUGGUCUAGAAUUCGAAACUUUCCCGAGCUUUCCCACUCUGGAGUCGUGGAAAGUCAUGUGAUAUUUAUUCUUGUUCUUUUUUUAUGUACGUUAUUUUUAUUUUCUCUUAGCUCUGUUUUUUCGGCCCAUGAGGCUUUGUAGUUGGAGGCACAUAUAUGGUUGGGGUUAUGUUUAUAUUUUUGGGAGAUUUGUUUGGCUUUAGAUAUAUCCUCUUCUCCUGGGUGCUGAAUCUGGUGAUAUGGUAUAUGGUUUUGAAUGGCAUUUUCGCAGUUACCCUUUUUCCUU